AUGGAGAAGUGUUGUCUGGCGAAAGUUUACGUCGACCCUGCAGCAACAUCUGAAGCUUGCAUGAAUGCAAAGGCCCAGCGUCACGCGGUGGCUCGGAAACUCGCGUCGGAUUUCUCGGCAGGUUUUAAAGACGGUAGUGUCGGUGACGGAUUGAUCGCGUCUUGGUACGAGAUCGAGGGACUUGACGCAUCAACGACUCUGUUUACAGUGGAGCCAUACGUGGUGAAGUCUACCAAAUCCGCCAAUGAAGAGAGCGAAAUUGGCGACAAGUCUCAAGCAUUCAGCCACUUCACGUGGCAGAAGACACUGGGAACGCUCAUGGCUGUGGAUCGAGACGAGGUUGGCAGCGUCUUUAGGGACCCGCUGAUCCACUCGAUUCGUGAAGGAACGUUCGGCCCCGCCGACUUCGCGAGUGCAGGCAUGGACGCUUUGUACAGCUCUCACGAGUGCAACGAAAUUUGCAGAGCGUUCGGGCUUGCACCACUCAAAGGCAACGAUGGCAAGGUGAAAAGCAAGUUUGUCAGCACGGAUUCAGAACCGAAGUCAAAGCAGUCGCCUCCGCCAACUGUGAGUAGGCUCCCAGCGCCCAGUCCGUUCGUAUUCCGCACCUGCCGGCUCUGUGGAAACAGUCCGAGGGUCGUUCAUACCGAACUGACGGGGUGUAACGAGAAGGGCGUAUUUUGUGAAGUGUGCGCGGCGAAAGCUGACAAGCCCGAGCCACGCCAUUGCAAUGUCUGCAAUGCGCCGAUGGUAGUCGACGCUGCUCAAGAUCAUCUCGCAACAGUUUGUGGAGACUGCGAGAUCGUGUCAAGACCAGCGGUACCAAGCGGCGAGCAGCAGACUGAAGCCUCCGACACCAGUGGCUGGACGGUUGUGGAAGAUCUGUCCAACCAACCUGCCUAA